UCUCUGUUCGCCUCGCAACGGGACAAAGGGAUGUAUCCAUUCGGGUGGGGGGAAUAGCUCUCGAGCUCCUCCUUUAUUUACCGAUGGACUGCUAAGGUAGGAAUAGGAUACAAGAAGCCGGCAGGGUAUUUUAAAUGGGUCAUUUCUGCUCACUCUACCUUUCCAUCGUCUUUCUCUUUUCUCCCCAGAGACUACUCACUGGCUUGAUACAGCAACUCGAUUCGAUUUCCAUUCUCCUUUUCUCCUUCCUGCUGAUAGACCUCCGGAGUAUUGUUAUAAACCAUCCCUCCAUCCAUCCAUCCAUCCAUUCAUCCUCCCCAUUCUUCCAUCCCAACACCAUCUGCCUACAGCAGCAGCACAGAGCAUCCACGCAGGAUCUCUCUUUACCUACCUAAAAUCUAUUCUAUAAUAUCCAUCCUACAACCAACGAACCAGACACUGGUGUCUAUUCUCAACACAUCCACACCCCCUCAUCACCAACACCAAC